AUGGCGUCUCGUGGAAAGAAAGGUCUCCGACCCGAGGAUCAGCAGCGUCUGAUGGAUGAAUAUGGAAUCUCAUUUGAUGGUCCCUUACUUCCUUGUGAGUGGCCAAUACACCACAGAGAAAAUUUUGCCAAGGUCCGCCAAAUCAAGAAAGAGACCUACGAUGAUUAUGGGAGAGACGGCAGAUUAGAACACCGAUUGACGGUCUUGUCCGACAUCAUGCAUAUCAAGCAACAGGCCGCCAAGCUCCGCAGCGAGGCGUAUCGGUGUCGUAGGCAGAGGGUCAAUGAAGGCACGUGGAGGUUGUCGACCGAGAAUAUUGUCACCUCCAGAUUUAAGGCUGAGGUUAUAUGUCGCAAAUGCCGCAAGCGGUUCUGGGAGGCGGAUUUUCAGGCAGAGCAAACCGAGUGGGCCGUAGCGGCCGAAGAUUUACGAGAAAGACGCGCGAAAAGGUUGCCAUGCAGUUGCAGCAACGAGGAAAGGAUGUUAGUGGAUAUUCAUGAUCCAGGCUCUAGUUCUUUGUUUGCACAUCGCUCGGACACGCCCUUACAAUAUCACUGCGAGGAUCGCCGACUCCUUGAACAGGGCAUUCCCCAGCGAAUUCCAGAUCUUAUCAUUGGCCUGGAGCAUACCGCCAGCCUGAAACAACUGCUACCCAAAUCUCAGUCGUUGAAGCACAGCCCCUUCAUAGACGGCCAUGCGUCAUAUCCCUUCCUUCUAAUUGAAGCGAAAUCGGAGAAAGGCAGCCCCGGCUUUGAGUCGGUCGAACGACAGAGCGCAUUCCCUCUAAGAACAUUGCUGAAGCUCCAGCAAGACUUACAACAAGUGAAUCAAAUUUUCAUCAGCCCGUUAGUAUGGUUCAUGGCAAACCAAGGAGAUGAAUGGCGGGUUUAUGCGUGCGUCGUUGACGGAACACGAUACAUGUUGCUUAUUGUUGAUCACAUUUGUGACUGGGCACGAGAUAUCUUUCGGCCAAACGUCCUCCGCUGUCUCAGUGGCCGCGAUGACGUUUGGCGGGACGAGACACCUGCGUCUAUUUACCCCGAGUGCCCGCCUAACGCUGACCCAAGUUCCGAUACUGUGACGCUAAGAAGUCUCCAGUCUAUCACCAGACGGACCCAUAGUCUUUCUCUAGACCCAGUCUCGAGGGAUUCGCAGGUCACCGCCUCUGUCCGUCUUCGAUCAGAAGAAUCCGAGGACCGUUCAGAUAUCACAUUCAAUGAGCCACCUCAUCCGUACUUACGAUACUCACACAGCAGUGUUCAUCUGCCUCCUUGGGGACAAUUUGCCACUAUUCGUCAUUCAGAUAUGAUUCGUUUCUCUUUCCACAUCUUAUCUAUCCCGGAAGAUACGUCCCAGGUUCGAAGAGUGCUAGGAUCAUUGGGCGAGCCGAACUUGGGUGUACACGACACUUGUUCCUUGCUGUUGCAGUUGAUGGAAGAUGACCAAAGCGUCACAGUGACCAUGAAUGCCAUCUACCAACUGGAGGCUAUGUGGACUGACCGGCCAUACAGCCUAAACGCUCUUGCAGAUCAUCCUGUCCGUGCUCGGGUUCUAUUCAACACCUAUAUCAGCGAGGACUGGCAAGUGGUCAGAGAGAUUCAUUGCAUUGUGGCAUCUCGAUUAGCCCUCCGAGCACUGAUGCUUGUGACCACCGGGAGGCACCUCGUCGCGCCACGCGGGGCCAAUUUUCCGGACAUUAGCGUUGAGACAGAAGGAGUGCAUUCCCUCCGCCGCUUGUCGGGGGGCUAUUCGGUGGCCGCUGCUCUUUCGGCGGCGUAUCUUUGUUUGGUUACAGACGCAUCGGAUUCCGGGGAGACCCAUUCGUCUUGGGCCUUGCGCAAGGUGGCUGAACAGAAUCCGCUCUUCGAUUUUGAAAAGAAACUCGCGUACAAGCAAGCGUGCAACCCAACCUCGGUGAAACUUGAGGCCAUUUCAGGCAGUUCCAGCGUACCCGAUGAAUUCGGAUCCCUUUAUGGCUUAACUAAAAAUAUGGACCGCACAGGUGCUAUUCUGAUCAAAAAGCCUCUCUUUUGGACCUCAGAGUCUCCGGAUUUCUGCCUCAUGGUGGUCGAUGGCACAUCCUUCACGGAUCCAGUCGAACUAGGUCGCAAGUUAUCACGGGUCUGCGAGGUUCAGAAUAUUUACAUUACGGAACCAGAAAAGGGGAAGGGGGCGCACCCAUUAUCGGAGCGUGAUCAAAUUGGUAUUCUGCGAUGGAUAGAGAUACUUUCAGGCCGACUACCGGACGAUUCACCGUGUUUCAUUGACUAA